AUGAAUAUACCGUUCCCAGUUUUGUUACCUCGCCUUAUAGACUCAAAAUGGUUUAACGCCGACAGUCCUUGCGAUGAAGAAGCUGAAUUAACAAGUUUGGAACAAGCAAACCAACAUUGGUUAAGUUCCAUUGGCCAACAAUAUAUGAAAAGAGCUCCUUUAGGUAAAACAGAUCCGGAACCAAUGGAAGAAGAAGCAGAUACAGAUGAAGAAGAAGGAAACGAUGAAACGGAUGAAUCUGAAGAGUCUCAUGAUGAAGAUGAAGAAGAGGAAUUACGAACAUCAUAUUCACCUGCAAGAAAUAAUAAUGAAUUGGAACCAGAUAGUUUGGAUGACAUUAAUGAAGCGCCAGAUCUCAAUACAUCUGACCAAAGUGCACUGUGGCCCAUUCAAUAA